AGUCAGUGUGUCAGGUGCAGUUGACUGUGAUUUUAUUUGCUAACUCACACACAGUCACAUAAUCUGGCAGGUGAAAAAAUCUCACAGUUCUCCUUGAUCUUCUUCUCACCAUGCGGGAACGACACUUCUUCCUGCUCCUGUUCUCAGGAGUGCUGAGCUUCGGAACCUUAUGUACAGCACUGAAUGAAACCAGCCUUGCACAACAGGACUGUAUUGCUACUGAUGACUCCACCUCAGACUUCCUGAUGUGUGUGGGUGUCCCAUCAGACCCUGGGGCAGUAGAGCAGCAGAUCCUCAACCUGAAGGGCCUGAUUGAUGAUCUGCUUGAUGUCUUCGUGUUUAUGAACUCGGGAUUGAAUGGUGUCCCGUUGCUGAACGUGUCUGCAGAAUGGAGCAUCAACUCCACAGGUCUGCUGCAAAAUGAUGACAUCAUCCGGGCGUGGCUGCAGAUUAGGCUGUCUCCACUGCUCUCCUCCAUCUCUCAGAACUUCCUCACCUGCCUCGGCUACAACAACUUCAGCUGCCAGACUUACCAGACUGUGGUGCAGGAGCUGAGUCAGCAGUUCUCCAGUUUAGAUAGUCAGCGGCAGCAGUGGAUCUACUCGUACUUCAUGCAGCCCUUCCUGUCCAGAAGCUCACCGGCAGGUUGUAUGCUCCCUGGUGACUCCACUGAGGACUGGCUCACAAAGAACUUUGGUUCCUUCUCAAUUCUGGCCCAACUCCAAGACUUCAGCUCUGUCAAUGCACUCUUCAAUGGGCUGGAUGUACUGCACUUGUUGAGUCCAGUGCAGAAAGCACAGCUCAUGCUGUAUCCUGAGACAGUCGGUCUGAACAACGAAUCCCUCAGUGUGGUUCUGGGCAGCCUGAUGAGUUCACUAACACCCUCUGGAGGAGAUGUGAACAUGUCCAGUGAUACCAUGUGGAAUGCAGGAUUUCCUGUUAUGUACUCAUCCACUCCACAAGACCCACUCACACAGACGGUGAAUGACUUCAUGACUGCUUUUAGACCUGUUGGGAGUUUUGUCAGAGAAUUUGUGUCUCUCACACAUCAGCAAGACCUGAGCAACAUGAAGAGUGUGACACUGAUUCAGGCGAUGCUAAACUGGACAUUGGCAGAGCUCGCAGCUCCGUAUAAAAACAUCAGCGAUAAUCAGCAGAUGGAUCAGAUGAUGUUUGAUCCUACAGAUGUUAACUCCUGGUUUACGCACGUCGUUGUUCCAGUACUGAACAGAUACCUCCCCAGUGACAUACCAGAUGACCUCACUGCUGUCUUUCAUAAUGUGUUUUAUAUGGAGAAUUCAGUGAACAAUACUCUGGACACUUGCAGUGUCACUCUGGAUGACGCGUGUGCUGUGACUAAUGUGAUGGAGAAUGUGGCAAAAAUCCUGCAGUGUGUGGAGAGCACUAAUCUGAUGCUCACAGGGGAAACAGUCAACAGUCUCGUACUGCACCUCUCCAGCAACCUCAACACACUUCUGAACCAGCUUGCCCACACAAACUUUAGUUCAGCAGAUUCCCCUUUUAGAAACAUUCUAGAACGGAUCCAUGACCCAGCACACGCUGACCUGACGGACACGGCGUUUGUCACCUUGUGGUUUCAUAUCAAACUCAAGCCUCUCUUACCCAGUCUGAUGCCUGAGUACCUGCUCUGCCUCAGUGCCAAACCGUUUAGCUGUCAAACGUUCCAGAUACUUGUGUGGGAGAUGAGCAACAACAUGUUUCCCACAGCAGAGAACAGAACUCGUAUGGUUUAUGAGGACUUCAUCAUCCCGUUCCUGCUCCAGCAGAACUCCACAGGUGCCUGCAUGGGUAACAGCAGUUUAGAGUGGAUCGUGAUGAACCUGGGUGGAUUCUCUCAGUUUGCCACUGUGCAGGAGAUGUACCUGCUGAAUCCUAGGUUUGAUGCUAUGGAGGCUUUCAACGCUCUCACUCUCAACCAAAUGGCUGAGAUCAUCGUUGAAGACCUGCCUCAAUUUCCAGAUAAAAAGCAGCUCAUUGACAUGGUGUUCAGCAACAUACUGACAUCACUGACGAUGAGACAGCAACUUCCUCAGCUCGUCCUCCUCGUCUCAGAGAUGAACACGAUGAAAAGUAACUGUAUGAUCUAUCAGGAAAUGUUUUUGUGGCUCCACUUUGCUUCUCUGUCCACAAACCCAGAAACAGAAGCAGUGACCCUGAGCAGCCUCAACAACCUGAUAACGGCAACACCAGCAGACUGCGUCUCCUACAGGGGCAAGUGCAGCAUCACUCCUGUCAGCGGGUCGACAGUGUGCAGUGGUGUGAACAGUUCUGCUCUGCUGGAUUACAUGUCAGUGCCACACAAUGGGAGUCAACUCUGCAGCUUCAAUAUUACACAAUACGCCUGUGCUCAGUUGACUGGUUUGUCUGCAGUAGACCUGGCGACAGUGCUGUUAUGUAAUCUCCAUGGUAACAACAGUGUAUCAAACGAGACAUGGCAACUCUUUGUGAUGAGACUCAGCCCGGACCUUGGCCCCGCCCUCGACCUGUUUACCAACACGACCUUACAGUUGUCCCUCCCCGUGGUGGUCGUGUUGGACAUGAUUGGUAAUGUGACCUUCAGCACUUUCAGUCCGUCCAGUUUCACCAACGAUUCGUUCAUCCAGCUGUGGUUCGGGAGCAGACUCCGCCCCUUCUUACCUUACGCCUCACACAACUUCCUGUCCUGCAUCGCCACAAACAACUUCAGCUGUGAGACGUACCACAGCAUGGUUCAGAUUUUGAGCCAGCAAUUUGAUGCCAUGUCCGCUGAGACUCAGAUGUCUGUCUAUGUCUACUUCAUCUACCCGUUCCUCAGCCUCAACCAGACAGCAGGUUGUACUGUUGGAGUUCAGAGCUCUGAUUGGUUGAAUCAAAACUUUGGGGCUUUUGCUACAUUUGCAACGAUCACUGAACUACAGCGUCUAAACCCUACCAUCUCAGUGAUGGAUGUCUUGGGCAGUUUAAAUGUGGCACAGUUGGUGCAGGUCUCCACCUCUCCUGAGAUGAUUAGCACACCAGCUCAGGUCACUCAGGUGAUGAACAAUGUUCCAGACUCUGAACUCGGCCUGUUCUUCUCCAAGCUCUCUGCCACACUCACUGUCGGAGGUGUGUCGCUUGCCCCCGUGGUCAGUGAGGCGUUUCUGCAGCAGGUGUUUGUGAGGGUGAAUCUGGGAGACCCCGUGAUGUCGGACUCUGAGGUGGAGCAGUGGAUCAUCAGACUGAAGCCCUUCAUCUCCAACAUCCAGACAUCUCAAAUCCCUCUGUACUUCAACAUGAUCACACAGCGCGCCUGCAACAUCUCACACCAAGGUGUGGCGUUGCUGAACUCCGCCCUCUCCAGUUUCAGUCCUGAGAUACUGCAGGGCAUCUACAACCAGCUCCUCAUCUCUCUCAAAGGACCCAUGCUGAUGAACUGCUACACUAAUCAGAGUUACUACGUCUUCCUGCAGUCGUACUUCAUGGGUUUCCAGUUCCCUUCUCUCUCCACCUUCCUGUCCCUCAUGCCUCCAGCCCGCAUGCCAGAGCUCCUGAACUCCCUGUCUCCAGCAGAGCUAUCUAACUUCCUGAAUCACCCUGGCACUGUGGACAAUCAAACCCAACUGUGCGAACUCUUCAACAACUACAACCAAACAGAGAAGUACCUGCAAAGUGAGCCUGUUUUGUCCUCAGCUCUGGCCAGCCAGACGUUGGAGUGUGUGUGGCCUCAAGCUAUCAGUGCCUCAUCUCAGGCUGAUGUGGACAGAUGGUUUAGUGUCACGCAAGUCCAAUACUUGCCCUACCUCAGCUCUCAGAUGAUCAGCUCCACCCAGAUGUCCGGGGCCUCCUGCCUUGCCUUCCGCAAAUUUGUGUCUGUGAUGGGAAGUUAUAACUUUAGCAAGGCAGAUUUUACCAUGAAAGACAUCUAUGUCACCAUCCAGACCUUCCUGACCACAGCAACCCCACCCAAAUGCUACAACCACUCAGACCCUGUGCUGAACUCCACUGCCUGGUUUUAUCAGUACAUCGGCGUCUUCAUCACCUUCAUCACUGUGAAUGACCUGCAACAGUUUGGAGGUGUAAAUCUGGAGCAGUUCACUCCCAAUGCACAGAACCUUGAACUGUUCAGAAAGAACAACGUUAGCCAAGACGUCAUCACUGUCUACACAAAUAUGUUGUUUGAUCUCAAGCCGGACUUCAGCAUCAACCUUCUCCCCGCACAGUUGUGGUGUUCCGCUCCAGCAGGUGCAUUCUCAAACCUGACUCAAAAUGAUACAAUGACCAUCAACAAAGUUCUUCAACAGCAGUGCACAGUCAUAGAUUCUACUGUAUCUGCUGCACUAGCAAGUAACGUGGACGUCCUGACGCCAGCCACCAUUUCGGGUUUGGGUAACUCCAUCACCGGUCUUAGUGUUGGUCAGAUUGAAAGUUCUAGCCCCUCCACCCUACUGUCCACCCUCGGUUUCCUCAGUUCUGUGGAUGGCUGGAGCCUGAGCCAGGCCAUGGCCAUCAUCCAAUCAAUGCUCUCAGCUGGAGUAUAUAAGAUCACCACAGUCGAGUCGUUGCAGCAGUUAGGCACGCUGAUGAAGGGUGUUCCGUCCACACUGUUCAGCUACAUCUCUGCAACUACACUGCUCAGCGCCCUGCAGUCUCAGACCUUCCUAAAUAACAUGCUCACUUCUCCCAUCACCACGCAACAGAUUGUUGUCAACCAGAUCAUCUCAGUGAACUCCAACCCUGACGCUGUUGUGCAGAAUGUGCCGGACAACAUGACAACGUUGAUUCCUCGCCCGUCUCUGCUGUUUCUGUCGCAACAAACAGCCACAACACUCAAUCGGAAACAGUGGUCCUAUGAUCAGGCCAUGCUGUUCUUUGGCAUAGUGGCUGAUGAGUUCUCCAAUGCAGACAAUAUCUCAUUCCAGGUGUUGCAGGGUUUCACCUGCAGCCGUGUUCAGAGCUUCAGCAUUGAGAAGGUGAAGAAUCUGAUCAGAGGCUGCAGGAGCCGUGGCAACACAAAGGUCAUCCUACAGGAGUCACAGCUCACCUGCAUGUACAACUACAUAAAGAAUGACACUCUGACUGUCUUCACUGAUUAUCCUGCUGACAUGCUGCUCUACUACAAUCUUUCUCAGGUGCAGCCGUCUGUGUGUCAGGCAUAUUACUCAGCUCUGGGUGAAGCGGACUUCAGUGUGUUCUCCUCAACGCUAGCUUUCAGGAGAGACGUCCUGUUUACCAGCGCUCGCCAGUGCCUCGGAGUCUCGGGGCUGAGUGUGACCCGGAGUCAGCUGGAAGUGAUGGGACAGAUGGUGUGUGUGUUCAACAGCGCUUACAUCCUCCAAUCCGACCCGUACGUGCUGGAGAAACUCAAACUGUGUGCUACUCUAACAGGAGACCAGAGCAGCGCUGUGGAGACAAUCCUGCUCAGUGGGAACACCAUUUAUGGAGCUCCAUCCAGUUGGAAUCAGACCACUCUGACGAGUCUGGGUGUCUUGCCCCUGUACCUGACCUCCAACUUCUGGGCAUACUUUACACAGAAAGAGAAGGUGGAGUUUCUCCGGGUGUUUGUUCCUGAGAUGAAGAACAGAAGAAUGUCGAGACAGAGCAUCUCCACCCUGAUGACUGAGGCAGGAAAAGUCUCCUUACCCAGUACCAGGGGUUUGUUACGAUCCAAACGUGACACUGCGUGUACGGUGGGGGAAAUAACUCAGAUCCAGGCGAGCGACGAAUCUUUUCCCUUCGGCUACGACGUGAACCAGUUCAACAUGUGUCUCAGCGUUCAGACCUUAAAGGACAACCUGGCCAGCAUCACAGACAAGGCCACGGGCAGCAACUACCAGCGGGUCAUCCUGGACAAACUCAACCAGGCUUACCCAGCUGGCAUCACUGAUGAAGUUCUGCAGGUCCUUGGCCCCGCCUCCCGCGCCGCCUCCGCCAGUGACAUCAGCAAGUGGAGUGUGACAACGAUUAACACGCUGUCGGCUCUGAUGAGGUCAUAUGAUGGAAACUGGAGCUCAGAGCAGGUGAGAGCUAUAGUCAGUAGGUAUGUGAGUGGAAACAGAACUCUGGGUUCCUUGGAGCUGAACGCACUGGGAGGAACAAACCUGUGUGCACUGAACACCAGCCUGCUGAAUACCAUCAGCUCCAACAGCCUGCAACUUGCAGGUGCGCUGUCCGUGUCCAACUGCAGUGUGGAACAGAAGCAGGUUCUGUUCAGAAUCGCUCAGCUCUCCUUCAGUGACCGAACACUGACCAAGAGCACACAGUCCCCCGUGUCCAUUAACUCCUACCAGCUUAUACAGACAUACCUGAGUGGGGCUAAUAUUGACUACGUGCGUACACUCUCCAUCUCCAACAUCAGCAUGGACUUGCUCACCUUCAUCGCACUGGACCAGAACGUCGUCAGUAAUCUGACAGUGAGUGAGGUACGAGGUCUGCUUGGCAAUAAUCUUCCCGAUCUAAAGAUGUACGAGAAUAAUACAGUAGUUCACAGCUGGAUCACACGACAACUGCAGACUGAUCUGAACACGCUGGGCAUCGACCUCACUGGGGGACGCGUAGCACCUACAGCCACUACCGCUAGUCCUAAUGCUAAUGCUAAUGCUGCUACCACAACCAAACCUUCAGGUGCAGGCUCGAGUAUCUCCUCCUCUGGGCUGCAGAAACUUGUCCUCCUCCUGGUAGUAACCAUGGCAACACUGCAGCUAAUUUACUGAUUAUGACAUCACAGCAGGACGUCAUCGCUCUCUGCAGUGUGUUUAUAAAUAACAGCAAAAUGUAUUUAAAAUCUUGCACUUCCUGUCUGUCUGUCUGUCUGUCUGUCUGUCUCACACCCCUGGAGUAGCGUUAUCAUGAUCGCGAUACUGAAACAAUAACAUAGUUUUAGUUAUUAAUCAUGAAGUGAUUAUAAAUGUGUAAUAAACAAACUGAAAUUAUUCACAUUUUAAAUAUUUAUUAUUAUUUAAAUAUUCAAUAGUGAAGAAAUGUUUUAAUGAAGGCUUUUAUCUUCUCUCAUCGUGGUGUCUUUGGGUUAUAAAAUGUGCUGCAAAAAUAAAAUAAAAAUUGUUAUUAUUAUUUUUAUUAUUAUUAUUAUUUAUAUUUACUUCCCAAAACCUUUUAGUUAAAUAAACUAAAUACUGCUUAAA